AUGGCUGAUGCCACCACAGCGUCGAAGAAGGUCCUGAGAAGUGCCCCCUGCACGCCAAAGGACCUGAGUCUCCUCAGGAGAUGGUCUUUGGCUCAGCGUGUGAAGGUUCAGCCGGAGGUGGUUUCGUAUCCGGGUCAAGUCGUAACCCUGCAGUGUCAUUUUACUGAUCCAGGCCAAACUCAGCUCACACAGGUGUCCUGGAGUUUUGAAACGGCUACUGGAGCCCGACACAACAUAGCAGUGUUUAAUCCACAGUUUGGAGUCAAUUACUCCGAGUCCCUGUUGAAAGGCCGCCUGAGUUUCAUGAGUGACCCGCCCCGACUGGAGAAUGCAGCCAUUCAGAUCACAGACAUUAAGAUGACCGAUCAGGGAAGGUACAACUGUGAAUUCACCACUUUCCCCAGUGGAAGCGAACAGAGCGUCACCAACCUCGUCAUACUAGAAUGCGGGUAUAAUGUGGGCCGAGCCAAGCAGUCGUCUCUCCUUCCUCCCUCCUUCAUCCUCUCCUCCCUCAGAGCGUGUUGA